ACUUGCAUGACACUUUGGAGGGAAAGAAGAAGAUGAAGUUGGAAUCACAAUCACAAUCACAGAGCAAUGCUCUUCUCACCAAAAUCAAAGAAUUCACUCGAGCUUUGCUCUUGGACCUCACCAGUGGACGCUCACCGCUCAUUCUCAUCGAUCGAUUCAGAAACCACUGCACCAAUCUCAGCUCCAACAACUGUUUCUGCAGCUCCGGUUUGCCUUGCGGAAAGGAAGCUCUCACGCUUUGCAAGGAAAGCCAUGUUCACAGAAUAGAUGUUAUGUUGAGGGUGUUGUUGAUUGUUCAGAAGCUUUUGCAAGAGAACAAGCACACUUCCAAGAGGGACAUUUAUUACAUGCAUCCAUCUGUGUUUUUGGAUCAGUCAGUUGUGGACCGCUCAAUAAAUGAUAUAUGUGUCCUUAUGCAGUGCAGUCGCCAUGACCUUAAUGUGGUACCUGCUGGGAAAGGGAUAGUCAUGGGCUGGAUAAGAUUCUUUGAAGGAAAAAGGAUAUAUGACUGCAUCAGUUCUCCCAACACUGCCCACCCUAUCCCUGUUCAUGUUGAAGAAGUUCAAGAUAUCGUUAGUGUUGCUCAUUACAUAUUAGUUGUCGAGAAAGAAUCAGUUUUCCAAAGAUUAGCAAACGACCAGUUCUGCAAUGCAAAUCGUUGCAUCAUCAUCACUGGAAGAGGCUACCCAGAUAUCCCUACAAGAAGAUUUUUGCGGCUUCUGGUUGAUAAUUUGCACCUCCCCGCAUAUUGCUUGGUAGAUUGUGAUCCCUAUGGCUUUGACAUCUUAACCACUUACAGAUUUGGUUCCAUGCAAAUGGCUUAUGACACGAAGCAUCUUCGUGUCCCAGAGAUACACUGGCUUGGAGCUUUUCCUUCAGAUUCUGAGAGAUAUUUGGUCCCAAAACAGUGCCUUCUUCCUCUGACUGCUGAAGACAAGAGAAAAAUUGAAGCCAUGCUGCUUAGAUGCUAUCUGCAAAGGGAGGUGCCACGAUGGAGGUUGGAGUUAAAGCUGAUGCUGCAGAAAGGAGUUAAGUUUGAGCUUGAAGCAUUAUCUGUGCGUACUCUUGCUUUCUUGACAGAGUCUUACAUCCCUUCUAAAAUUCAUGGUAAAGUGAAAUUGUAGCAUGUUGGAUAUUGAUGCGUUAAGCAUUACAAGAUCAAUUUGGCUUACUACGCUUUUUGGAAGAAUUUUUAGUAAAGUGAAUAUUUGGACUUAAGAGCUCAUCUCAAUGAUUUGUUGCAGAGUCAUAGACCACACAAGGUUGGUUCUCCUAGUGUCUGUUAUGUUCCUUUUGCAUUUUAAGUGGUGAUGUGUAUUGUAUAUGUUAGAGUCCCACAUUGGCUAGAGAUGUGGCCAAGCAAUUGCUUAUAUAUGGUUGUGCAAACCUUAACUCUUGAGCUAGUUUUUGGGUUAAGUUAGGCCUCAUUCAGUAUACUUACUUGUAUAAUAGGAUCUUUGGUUCAACAAUCUUAGAGUCAUGUAUAACCUUGUAUUUUUUUUUUUGUCACCAGCCUUGUGUUGUAAGGGGGUUUCUAUUAUGGAUAUACCUAUAAAUUGGGAAGUCCAUUUGAGAUUUCUCGUUUUUUUUUUUGUUACAUACGAGAUUUCUCGUUUAAAUAUUUUUAUUUUUGUACACAAGGUUCACAUUGAAGUUGCAAUUAUAUUCCAUCACGGUUGCAUUGUGAUUGUUAAUGACUAUUGUGGGUUAUUGUGAAAUCACCGAAAUGAAAACAUGGUGAUGUAUUUGCAUUUUUCAAUGAAUAUUGGGGGGUUGCUAAAUAAGUAGAACAAA